CAUUAUCUCUUUCCUUAUAAAUACUCUUAUACUUUCAUGCUUCUAUUUCAUUAACCAUAGUUUUCUCAAAUAACUUCUUGUACAAAAAAAGAGAGGGAAAGCUUAACCAAUAUACAAAAUAAUAUAUCAUUUGAAUAAAAGUAUAUAGAAGCCAUGGAUGAUAAAACUUCCCCAAAUUUCGAAUUACCCGGUUUUCGAUUCCAUCCUACAGAAGAAGAACUCUUGGAUUUUUACCUUAAGAACAUGGUUAAUGGGAGAAAAAUGCAACAUGAUAUCAUUGGGUUUCUUAACAUUUAUCGCUUUGAUCCUUGGGAUUUACCAGGGUUGGCGAAAAUAGGAGAAAGAGAGUGGUACUUCUUUGUUCCAAGAGACAGGAAGCAUAGCAAUGGUGGAAGGCCUAACAGAACUACGGAACAUGGGUUUUGGAAGGCUACGGGCUCGGACCGAAAGAUAUGGAGCUUAUCGGAGCCUAAACGGGUUAUCGGGUUAAGGAAGACUCUUGUGUUCUACCAAGGUAGAGCACCAAGAGGUACCAAGACUGAUUGGAUUAUGAAUGAAUACCGCCUCCCUGAUAAUUAUGUUUUACCUAAGGACAUAGUAUUGUGCAAGAUAUACAGGAAGGCAACCUCAUUAAAGGAACUAGAACAAAGAGCAGCCAAGGAAGAAGAGAAGUCAACAAAUGGAUUAGCAUAUUCUUAUCCCACAUCUCCUCUAUCAUCAUCAAAUGAUACUCAUCACUCCUUUUUCGGUGCUGCUAAUGCUAAUGCUAAUGCUAAUGUCAAUGGUAGCGGACAAUUAUUACAAGACUUUUUUGCACCAAUGUCUACAAACUAUAUGGUUACAACUUUGAAGAAGGAAGAUCAAACUACUUUUGUAGAGAACGAUUGCAAAGUAGCUGCUGCUGCUGCUGCUGCUGCUGCUGUUACUCCUACUCCUAACACUAUACAACUACCCUUUGGAAAGGAGAACUUAGAACUACAAGUUCCGAAAUCGGGUAUGGAUUGGGGCCAAGACCCGUUUUGCUCACUAUCAUGCAGCCCAUGGCUUGAGAAUUUGUUGAACUUCUCUAGCCCAACUCUAAUUUCCCAAAUUCUAUGAUCAACUCUACUUAAUUAAUUGUGCUAGAUGUGACUAAUUUGGUUUAAUUAAUUGAGCUUUAAUCUUGUUUUGCUAUCCUCCAUUCAAAGUAAAUGAGAGUUACGGAGGGAUGAGAUAGUUGUUUGUAGCUAGAAAUCAGCACAUUAAUAAAGUGGAGUAUUAUAUAUGAGUUUUACUAAUAUGUCAUGUAUAGUGUAUUCAUAUUACUAGUAGUAAAAUCGUUGAACAUAAAUUACUUUUUAUCA